AACAUAACACAAAGCCCAUACAUACGUACAUAUAUACAUACGUACAUAUAUACACACAUACACGUAUACAAUACAAUCCACACAUUAUAUAAACAUUUACACUCACUCUUCUUCAUACACUCUCCAACCUAAAAGAAAAAAAAAACACCAGCCCCAAAGCACACAAUCAAACUCAAUCUCUUCUUCAUCUUUUUCCAUCUGGGUCUUGUCAGAUAAAUCUAAAAUGAUGAGAGAAGGUCAUGAGGAGGAACAGAUGAUGAUGAUGGUGGCGAGGAAACCUGCAUGGCUUGAAGGACUAAUGGCAGAAACUUUCUUCUCGAGCUGUGGGAUCCACGAGAGUCGCCGUAAAAGCGAGAAGAACGUCUUUUGCUUGCUCUGUUGUCUCAGUGUUUGUCCGCACUGCCUCUCUUCACAUCGCUCUCAUCCCCUUCUACAGGUGAGACGAUAUGUAUACCACGAUGUCGUUCGGCUGAGUGAUCUUGAGAAGCUCAUAGAUUGUUCAUAUAUUCAGCCAUAUACAAUUAAUGGAGCCAAAGUGAUAUUCAUAAACCAAAGACCACAAUCAAGAGCUAAGGUCUCUUCAAAUGUUUGCUUCACUUGUGAUAGAAUCCUCCAAGAACCCUUCAACUUUUGUUCCCUCUCUUGCAAGGUAGAUUACUUACUAUAUCAAGGAGAUGAUUUAUCAAGCAUUCUCUAUAGAAUCAAUGAAUCGGAUUUCACGUUUUCAAGUUUGAGAAUGGAUGGACACGAUCAGCUCGGAGAGAUAUCAACAAUGGAGGAAGAUACGGACGAUAUUAUGUUAAUGUCAGAUCAGUGGGAGGAGGGUAACAAUAGUAAUAAGGAUAAAAGGAAAAAGAAAAAAGAGACUAAUUACUCGCCUGGGAUUGUUCUUUCACUUGGUAGCAGAAGAAAAGGUGCUCCUCAUAGGGCUCCUUUUUCAUAAUUCAAUAACAAUAAAAUCAUAAGCAAAAAUGCUACUAUAUCUCUAAAAUAAGCAUUAUAUAUAUGUGUGUGUGUGUCGUGUUUCUUUUAUUAGGUAUAUCUUGUAUCAUGGUUUAUUUAUUAAUCUUCUUUUUUUUUCUUUUGCUGUAAUGUGGAAUCACUUUUUACAUUUAUUUAAUAACUAUUGGUUUCUUCAUGA